GCGUCAGGUGAAGCUAAUAUCCGUAACGCUGCAGAGCGAAGGAAACACAGUUAUAAAAGUCGAGACUUAAAACCAAUAAACUUCACACUCUGUGCUGGCUGCUCCUCCUGGAGGUUUCAGGGGGAUGGAGCAGCGCGGAGGUGCAGGCAGGGGAACGCAGAGCCCCAGCCUUCGGGACAGCGCCAGCCCAGAGGACAGGGGGGAGAGCCCUGCCUCCAGCGGCCCCCCGACAUGCAAGAUGAGCCGCCUAGAGGUCAACGGCAGCCCAGCAGCUCCACGGACCAGACAGAACGGCACGCCGCUGAGACCACUGGGAGGUUUGAUGAUCCCGGUCUACUGUGUGGUGGAGCAUGCAGAUGUGGGCGUAGCCGGUGACUGUGAGGGGCACGGCGACCGUCACGCUGAGUUUGUGUUGGUUCAUAAGGAUGUCCUCUUCACGCAGCUGGUCGAGACGGCACUGGCCGCUCUGGGAUACUCACACAACUCAGCUGUGCAGGCAAGUGGCAUCAUCAAAGUGGGCCAGUGGAAGCCGAUGCCCAUCCACUACCUGACAGACGCUCCAGAGGCCACAGUGGCCGACAUGCUGCUGGACGUUUACCACAUGGUCACACUGCGGAUCCUGCUGCACAGCUAUGCGCGGCUUGAGGAGCUGCCAUCAGAGCAGUGGACCCACGCCACAGUGAGGAAGGCCCUCAAAGAGCUGCUCAGAGACAGCAACCAGAGCGCGCUGGCCAAGGAGUGUCCCCUCUCCCAGAGUAUGAUCUCAGCGAUACUGAACAGUUCCUACUACAUCAACGUCUCCACCUCUAAAUGCCAGGAGUUUGGACGUUGGUACAAGAGGUACAAGCGCAUCAAAGGUGAAUACAUUGACAAGAUGUGGUCAGCACAGGACAAAUCAGAUAUUAAAGUGGAGAGGGAUUUGGACCUGAGCGUCCUCAGCCAGCGUCCUCCCUCUCUCUUACCCUCCCCCAACCAUUUGGGCGGCCCUGGAGCUCUGUCCAUUAAGAGUGGCCUCAGUGACUCUCAAACCUCCACCCAGCCCCUCUGUCUGCCUCACCUCGCCAGCCAGCAACACCCCGGUGCCCCGCUGCGUCCCCAGGGUCCACCUUUCCUGGGCCACAGCGGGCUCCUGUCCCCCCAGCUCUCCCCUCAGCUCGUCCGUCAGCAGCUCACCAUGGCCCACCUCAUCAACCAGCAGCUAGCCGUCAGCCGCCUGCUCGCACACCAGCACCCACAGGGAAUCAACCAGCAGUUUCUCCACCACCCGCCCAUCUCCCGGAUCUGCAAGGGCCCCGGGGGCGGCACUGAGUCCGGCCUCAACUGCUCAGGGGCCGAAGUCUCCUUCGGCAUUUACCAGCAAGUGAGGAACGAGCUGAAGAGGGCCAGCAUUUCUCAGGCGGUGUUCGCCCGUGUGGCGUUUAACCGCACACAGGGCCUGCUCUCAGAGAUCCUUCGUAAGGAGGAGGAUCCUCGCUCGGCCUCACAGUCGCUGCUGGUCAACCUGAAGGCCAUGCAGAACUUCCUCAUUCUGCCAGAGGGCGAGCGAGACCGCAUCUACCAGGAAGAGAGAGAGAGGAGCGCCAACUCCAACCACAACCUCGCCACCAACCACAUCCCUAACACCAACACACACAGACUCCCACAGACAAAGUGCAGCAUGUCUGCUCCAGAGCUGCCGUUGAAGCUGGACUCGCUGGUGAACAUCUCGUCAGGCAUCUAUGAUGAGAUCCAACAGGAGAUGAAGAGAGCGAAGGUCUCCCAGGCUCUGUUCGCCAAGGUGGCUGCCAAUAAAAGUCAGGGCUGGCUGUGUGAGCUGCUCAGGUGGAAAGAGAGCCCGAGCCCAGACAACCGCACACUGUGGGAGAACCUGUGCACCAUCAGGAGGUUCCUGGCGUUAUCGCAGGCCGAUAGAGAUCAGGUCUACGAAGAGGAGUCGAGGCAGCAGCACAGCGAGCGGCUCCACACCGUCCUGCACAUCCCAGACCAGCAGGUGCUCCACAGACAGCCCCUGCCACCUCUCACCACUCCAUCUCCCAUCCAUGAAGAGCCACAGCCCAUCCCGUUACUGGUCUUGCAUGGCUCAGAAGACGGGCCGCAGCGUGUGAUGAGCCCCGUCCUUGGAGGGGGAGGACCAAAGAAGGCCCGCUCACGGACGCGGAUUUCCCUUGAGGCUCUGGGAACCCUGCAGAGCUUCAUCGGCGACGUGGGACUCUACCCCGACCAGGAGGCCAUCCACACCCUGUCCGCCCAGCUGGAUCUACCCAAGCACACCAUCGUCAAGUUCUUCCAGAAUCAGCGCUACAACGUCAAGCACCACAACCAGGUCAGAGAGCCCGUCCCCGGGGAGGACGACCGGGAGAGCUCCAGUCCCAGCGAGGGGGGCGUCUGCACGGCGGAGAGUCGAAGGGAGGAGAGUCGAGGGGAGGAGGGUCUCUCUGCGUCUGAGGAGUCGAGCGAGGACGGGAGAGGAUCGGUGGAGGUGUUCAGAACAGAGGGAGGAGACGGAGGAGAAGAAAGAGAUGUGGAAAUGGAGACGGAGAAGGAAGAAGGGGAUGAUGGGAAAGCCUCAGGGCCAGCGACUUCCUCCCUGUCCCCCUACAGCAGCCUGGACAGCCCCCACUCUGCAGAGCAGCAGAGAUAACAGCAGAGAAACAUUAAGGACACCAUCAAACUGUGAAGGCCACACACAGACGACCUGUGAAUAAACACACACACUUUCAUCACCUUUACCAGAGCUGGUGAUCAGAGCUCGUUAAUAUCUGAAGAACUGUGGAAAGAAAUAUUUAAAUUUAAGGUUUGAGUGAAAGAGGAUCGAAGGUACGACCACUGCCUUCAGAUACUUCCUGUAUUUUUAGUUUGAUGCUGCCCGUAGACGAGAUUUGGUAUUGAUAUUUGAUCGUCACUAAAUGCUGAAACACAGUUUUGAGUUGGGUUACCUGUUCUUUAAAGUGGCAUCUCCAGAACACCUCUCUAGGCUUUAAAGCUGACGUAUCUCAAACUCCUCCUGCAGCACAAUCCUCUUCUCAAAGUUCUGUCUAAGUAUUACUAGGUACGCAGCUUCUUCUAAAAUCUAAAUGCAAUAGUGCACCAUGGAGGUUGCGUAUUAGCUAUAAUGAUGAAACUGAUCAUGUGCAUGGACAGAGGAGAAGUUGAUAAUGCAGCACGAGUGAUUUGAGACGUUUUGGAUCUUCAGACAACUUUUGAAGCUCACAAGGAUUCAUGUUUAUUUAUGUACGUUUUUUGUUUCUGAUGUUUUCAGGUUAAGUUUUUGAUGCUCUUCAGAUAAAGCGAGGGAGGUUUACGUGCACACGUAAUUGAGUUUUUGAGAAGAAAUGCCGCAAGUAUUAGAUUCAGUCUCUCUUUUAAAGUCAACCUUGAGGAACAUUUGAGUCCCGCUGUGACUCACAAGCUCCACGGAUGCUAUAAAAUGAACAAACCUGCCAACUUUACAAACUCAGCGCACUAAAGUUUCUGAGUAAAAUCCUCCUAAACCUCACAGGAGUUAAUUUCCUGGUAUUAGAAAUCAACACUUUGGGAAGCUGAAGUCGUGGGAACACUUUGCUCAUAUUGUCUGUCAGUGAGAUCCAAUCGUAUUGGGACCCAGAACAAACACACUGACAGUAGCAGUCGUACCUCAUGAGUCGGGCUUUCACGUGUGGGGGGGGGCCUGCAGGGCAAUAACACUUCACCUCCACCCAAACUGAAGCAAAUGUCUUUAUUCAAUAAAUAAAUCUGCUUCAUCAACUGAGCUCUUUGUGAAACUCCAGCCUUUACUGACAGUGAGUCAGUUCCACACUACCCUCCUAUUAAUAUUUAUUACUAACUUUAUAUUAACUAAAAUCUGAGUAUUAUUGUUGUAAUUAGAGUUUUGUUAUUAUUUUCUUUGAUGUGACUGAAGGUCUGUGUAAAUGUGACUAGAAAGAGGACGAGCAAAUCUGAAGAACUCAGUGUUACAGCUUUACGUUUUUAUGAUUCUUUAUUCACGGUUUCUAAAACAGACUGGAAGAGAAAUGAUCCGACAUGAAACACUUUUGUUUUUUUAGUGGACAUUUAUGUAUAUUAAAUCUUGUCAUCAUAUGUGGGACGCAACCACUGUCACUGACACUGUUUAGUGUAACUUGUGCCACAAAGGAACAGGGUAUGGAAACACGUUAACAUUUCAGUUUGACAAUCAUCUCUCCCGGAUGGAGCACAAAACGUUUCUGAUUUGUUCCACUUUGAUGUUUAAACAUUGUUCUUUGAUUCUGUUGUGGGCAGGACAUGACAUCUGAUAAAACUU